CCGUCGGACGUAUCACCUCUGUUCUCGCUCGCGCACUUCACGGGACUGUGUGUGUGGGUGCGUGCGUGUGUGUUUGUACAAGUCGGUGCACGAGCAGCGAGCGUGCGCGCGCGCGCCCGCGUGUGUGUCUGUGUGCGUCGCUCCGCGUCUCGCGCGCCUCCUCGUUGAGCAGUCCGCCGCGUCCGUCGUCUUCGUCCGCGCGCGGUCCGUCUCUCGCAGCAAGUCUCCCCCAGACUUUCAAUAUUAUUUCAUUAUCGUUGUUGCUAUUAUUAUUCUAAUCAUAAAAUAUAUUGCCGUAAUCGUAGAACUCGCACACAGAUCUCAAAUAUUAAUUUUUUUCUCCGAUUUUCGACGUACUACAAUUUUAUAAGUAUUAAUAUUAUUACCGUCGUGAGUCUACCAAGACGUCAUCUCCGUCUUCUUUACACCUCUAUCGCCAAUCACCGACACCAUAAUAGACACUCCGGCCAACGAAAACUUACCUAUACCUACUUUUAUUCGUUAAAACCCGUAAAGCAAAAAUAUUGUAAUCCUAUCAUUAUAGAGUUAUCACAUGAAAGACGCGAUCAUACCUAUUUUUUUACAAUAUCAUACAUAAUAUCCAAAUAUUUUUUUACGCUGCACGUAGUCGUCGCAUGCACUCCACAACAGACUGUUUGAUAACGUUUCACCGCCGACGACGAUUAAAUUUUUUUCGCGUGUUCGUCGUCUUUGAUCUCGGCCGACUAAAAAACGCACGACGUUACCUCACAAUAACAGUAAUAAUAUUAUUAUUAUUGUUAUUGUUGUCGUCACCGUCAUAAAAUUGACUCAGCCACGCAUUCACCGACAGUCCACUUUCAUGAAUGGCAUGGGCUGGAACACUGCACGUUGGCGACGGAAAGAUCUGUUCGCAUCCAAGCUAGAAGCGACCGAGUCGAACGCACGAGAUAGAAAACUAUCGUCGUCGUCCAGUGGCAGCAUGAAAUCCAAAUGGUUAAAGGCCAUCAAGAGCCUGAAGACCACUAGUGGGCCGACCAACAACAAUACGACGCAAAAGGAUGAAAAGAAACACCAAAUGUACCACGCGGUAUCGACCAUAAUUGCAAUGAGGAAAACCGGACGUGACGGAAACCCACAGUUCUCGGCCAACACGGAAACGGCGCACCAGUUCCAGGAAUACACGUAUAAGAAAAUUACACCGUGCGAUUUUUGUUCACAAGUCCUUAGAGGUCACACUAGACAAGGUCUCAAGUGUCGGGUGUGCAAAAUGAACGUGCACUUGGACUGCCAGGAGAAAGUCACCACUCGGUGUCAGGUGAAGUCACGGCUGUUGCGCCGUCAAAAGUCUACAUCAGAGAUCGAGACGAAAAUGGCGGCAAUGAACGUGGCGGGCCGCGACGACGAUGAAGCGGAAUCACACGUCGUCGGCACGUCUUCGGCCUCCUGCAGACUCCCGGAAUCGGCAGCACCCAGAAGGCGGAGACUGUUCGGCGGCGUCAAGAGCUUUACCAUGUUCGGUGGCAGGUCCCAAACACAAGGCCGAUCGAUAUCGUUACCCGAAAGCCAGACCACCUGCUAUUCUCAGGGACAAGACAAGCAUUUUUGGACUCGAUCAGUCCCUACCGCUCCGCACAGCCCUCGUCGACCGAAACUCAAUUCGCGAAUGAAGAGCUUUUCGUUGGACUCGUCGGACACAGCGGAACAAGCGCAAAGGCGGCGGAUGGGCAGCAGUGGCAUCGGAAGCGGCGGCGGAAGCGGCAGCAGCACCGGACUACAACAGCAAAUGGAAAGCUACUCAAAUCCUUCGUCCUCGUCUAGAUUGCAAUCUCCGUCUAGCCCGGUGCACAACCGGCGCCUACUGUCCACCAGGACCAUACGGAUGAGCUCGGUCGAGUUACCCGACGACAACGAUAAGUCACUGUCGUCGGCAAGUACGUCUCCGUGCCCGUCGCCGGUGAGAUAUUCACAAAAACCGCACAGGCUGUUACCGAAUAAUCUCUACGUGGUGCUGUACAACUUCAAAGCUCGUCGGGAAGACGAACUGGAUCUGAAGGCGGGAUACAAGGUGACCGUUAUUGAUACCUCGGACCCGGCCUGGUGGAAAGGUAAAUGUUUCGGUCGCGUCGGUUACUUUCCGUACAAUUACGUGACCAAAGUACAGCCCGGCGAGAGGCCGUGGCAAGUCACAAUCAAUUUACAGGUGUUGGACGUUGACAAUAAUCCACUCACAUUGUUGAGAGACCAGAUCGUUAUCCAGAUCGGCGAAGGACCAGACGGUUCAGUAAUGAUCCGAAACGCAGAGAACAAACAGGGCAUGUGYCCAGUGAAGUUCCUGCAGGAGGUGUGACAAUCGGGUGAGCGAUACGUGACGCAUCGCUUUUCUAUGUCUCGACGUCCUUUCUUGAGCCCCUCUUUGCCCUCGGACUACGAGAGAUACGACGACGACCGGCCCUACGGCCGUCGACAUUCCAACUCGCAGAAUCGACCGCUGUUGGUGAUCGGUCAACGUUGAAUCAAUCCGCGACGCCGAAUUAUACACACACACUUUCAUACAAAUAGUUACAUUUACACACACAUACAUACAGAAACACACUAGUGCGCACACACACACACACAUCAUAUAUAUGGAUAUAUAUGUGUAUUAUCAUAUACAAACACAUAAGCAGGUACCGCGGUUUUCUACCCCCCUUGCGACUGAAAAAACUAGCUCCCUCAUGGCCUCAUCCACUCCACUACCUUUUUCCAUCAGCAGACUACAACCGGAGUUGUUAAAUUACAUCCCCACCGUCCCUAUCAAUUUCUACUUUGCUGUGUACAACACACAUAUGUGUUAUAUAUUUACGCCGACGAGAUUCUACGAAAAUAUAGUAAUUCU